AUGGCGAAAGAAAAAUGUAAAAAAAAUGAAGAUGAGUUAGAAAGGAGAAGGAUUGCAAGAAGGGAAAAGUAUAAAAGGAUAAAAAGCGAUCCCGAAAAAUAUGCCAUUGAAAGGGCUAAAAAAAAGGAGGCUUACUUAAAAAGAAAAAUCGAGCAGAAAGUCAAAAAUAUCAACGAAAUGUCUCCAAGGGAACAAAGAGCACAGAGAAAACGUUGGAGAGAAAAUUCAAAGCGAUAUCUGAAGAAGAAAGCAAAAGAACGGCAAAUAAAAGAAGUAACUAUUAUUUCUCAAGUGCUGAAAGGUCGUGGAAAAAUAAAUGAUAAAGAGGUCUCUGACCCAUUGUGUGAAGAAAAUACAAAAGAAGAGAUUAAUAACGAAAUUAACCAUAGAACAUUCCAAAGGAAAAAUAAAGCCUUAAAGUUAAAACAUGCGACGGAAAAAAAAGAAAUGACCUUAUUAAUUAAGAAGUACAAAAACCGCUGCAGAAUAUUAACCAAGAUAUUAAAUAAAAUGAAACAAAAUAAGGCCUAUACUGGUUCUGAAGAAAACACUGCAAUAUCUACUCAAGUGCCUAUUGAAACAUCGAGUUGCCAUGAUGGUACCCAAAAAACGACAUCCGAACAAGUUAUUUUAAAGUUUGCUGCUGAUAAUGAAGUUAAAUGUUGGCGCGAUGUCGGAGAUUUCUCCUCAUUCCUUGCCGUUGUUCGCGAAAAUGUCAAAAAUGUAGAGAUAAAAGUAGUAGAGGAGCAUGAAAUUAUAGAAAAAGAACUUCUUCUUCCUAAGGAUAUUUCACCAUUCAAGGGUACUUUGUCAGUUCAUCAAGUGAUCUGGCAUUCUGGAUCCGAAUUUAUUGAGUUCCGAAAACUAAGUUGUUUUCUGUGUAUGGCUAAAAUCUGGGAACAUGAAAAUAAACAUAUGCAACUGCAUAAAAUGUAUAAGAGUGUCGUCGAAUCUGUGGUCCAAAACAUUAAAGUAAUUCCACCAAGCAAACGAAUUACAGUGUUAAACGAUGUAUCCAUCCAGUAUUUUAAUCGGCUUAAUCCGUGA